CAUAAAAUAAGUUCGGGUCGGCUCUUUUGAAGUUCAUAAAUAAAACCCACUCAUUACUUCCGUUGACUGCAGUUUCCAUCCCUUCAACGAACGACGGUUGUUUAGAUCGGACGACGUUGAGUUCCUUGAUUGCAUUUCUCAGUUACUUAUGGCGGACGAGGAACCAGUUGACCAGAAGAAGUACUUUGAAGAUUCAUGCAAGCCCAAGUGUGUUAGAGCUUGGCUCGAGUAUCAGGGAUGUGUGAAAAGGGUCGAGGCAGAUGAAACCGGGCACAAGCAUUGCACGGGCCAGUAUUUUGAUUAUUGGCAUUGUGUUGACAAAUGUGUGGCGCCUAAGUUAUUUGAGAAACUCAAGUAACUGGAGGGAGUUUAUGAGGAUUUUCAAGACUAUUUCUUGAUAUUUAUGAUUCCUGUUUGGUUUUUAGAAACUCGUAUUUGUGAAAAAGCAAGACCGGGUUGAACAUGAAUGAACAAUGUAUUUGUUUGGAUGAAUUUGAUGGAAUUUAAACUGCUUUGAACCGAUUUCAAACAACUAUCUUUUGUGGUAUUAUUUCGUUAAUGUCAUCAACAAUAAAGUCUA